UGUUAUAUCAGUAAUAAGAUUUAUAUGCCAGACAGUACAUAUAUGAUUAAUAUUUUGCUAAGUUAAUGCCCCAGACUGCAUUUGACUGAAAGGUUCGUAACGCAGUAACACGAUUGUCUUUCUUAUUGCUUUUUUGUUUGUUUGUUUGUUUGUUUGUUUGUUUGUUUUUCAGUAUGUGGACCUGUUGGUGUAGAGCACAGGAUCAAAAUACCAGAUGCUAGAAUGACGGCAAGCACAUACUAUAGUAGUAGAUAUUAUCCAUACUAUGGCCGGCUGAAUGAGAUCAGGGAAGAUGGAGCGUGGUGUACAAAGACAAAAAAUAACAGAACAGACUAUCUUCAAGUUGAUAUGAUUACAGUGCACUCUGUUUGUGCAGUGGCAACACAAGAACACGGAAGAAGCUCUGAUUGGAUCACCAGCUACAAAGUGCAUUUUUCUACAGAUGGAGGAACAUGGAACAGCUACAAGGAAAACAAUGUGGAAAAGGUGUUCCCAGGCAACACAGAUAGAAGCAGUAUUGUGAAGCAUUCACUUAGUCCUGUUGUCAAAGCAAGAUUCGUUAGAUUUUAUCCUGUAACGUAUGAGGCAUGGCCUUGUUUGAGGAUUGACAUAUUUGUGUUAAAGUAGUCAAAUGAAAUACUUUUUUCACUACCGGGUUAAAGGUAAUUGUUACUUUCGGAUUUGAUCACAAAUGCUAUUAAUUGUAAAGUAAGGUAAAUUAGGCGUGUUUUUCUCAGUUAAAAGGUUAAUGGCACUGCUGAGAACCUCCUGAAACAAUACACAGAGCUUUAAACUUACGUUACGAUGUGCUCAGAUACCUCAUAUUAUUGCAUAUUAACGGUCUGUAUUCCGUUGGGCAACAAUUGUCGAGUUGCCGUUUUAUCAUUAUUUAUUUAUUUAUUUUAUUUUAUUUUACUUUUUUUUUGUAGUAAACGAAACAGUCUUUGCCUUACCUGUAGGUGAGGAUUCUCCAGUUAAACGGAUUGGUGCAAGUUGUCGUUAGUCAAAACUAACAAACUAUGAUAAUCUUUAGACAAAAUAUCUUAACGAGAGAGCACAACGUAGGAGUGACCACUUAUAAUAGUUUUGUGUCGUGUACAAUCUGCUGUUAACGGUAUAUAAUGAGUACUUUUACCAGAAGGCUAAUAAAAUAAAAUUUGCGAGCUUAUAGCGGACUGGUUAUGGGGUUUGCUCUUUGGUUGGAUAAUUAGUUAGUUGGCAGGAUCUUCUACAAAGUUGUUAGUUUGUCAUAAUCCUAACACCAUCGCUACCUCCCAGUCUCCCUCAAACUCAUACACCACUCCUCCGCAAGAUUCAUAGGAGUGGCGGACCCUCAGAC